AUGCCUUGGGUAAUAGCAGGUGAUUUUAAUGAACCUCUUAUAAAUGAGGAUAAAUUUGGGGGAAGAGCGGUGAGUGUUAGUAGGUCGCUCUUAUUUAAAGAAUGUUUAGAUAAAUGCAACAUGAUUGAUAUUGGUUUUUUGCGUCCUCGUUUCACUUGGACUAAUAGGAGGGAGGUUCAGGCUUUGAUUAAGGAGAGAUUUGAUAGGUAUUUUGUGAAUCCUAGCUGGGUUUUGAUGUAUCCAGAAGCUAAAGUAACUCAUCUCACUCGAUGCCACUCGGAUCAUUGCCCAGUUUUUGUUGGAGAUGUAGUCGAGAUGCCAUGUUGGAUCAAUGGUAUUCAGAGGGCCCUAGCCUUAAAACCUUCUACUUUCCUUGUUAAUUUGGAAAAUGAGCUCCUUAAGGAGUUGGAUGUAGUGCUGAAUCAAGAAGAGGAAUUAUGGGCUUUGAAAUCCAGGGUGAAUUGGAUGAUUCAGGAUGACCGUAAUACUUCCGUUUAUCAUGUCUCAACUCUUGUUAAAAGGAAGAGGAAUAAAAUUAUGGCAAUCAAGGAUGCAGUGGGUGAUUGGAUUCAUGAGGAAGAUGAUAUCAAGUUUUUUAUUAGAAGUGGUUUCAAUAAAAUUUACUUGCCUUCCCUUUCUUGUGUACCAAAAACAGACCCUACUAAAUCGUCUUGGCAACCUAAGCUUACGGAGGUGGAGAGGGAGUGUCACGACCCAAAUCCAUGGAACAUGAAUUCAGAUGCAUGA